AUGAUACCGAAAACAAAAAAGAAAAAAUGCAUUUGUGACACUAAAAAUAUUUUAAAGAAAAUAACUGGUACCCCUGCGCCUUUGGAUAAAAGAGAAAUUAAUGAAAUAAGAUUGAAAUUGUUUACGGAGCGAAACUCUGACGGCACGGGCAGCUUGGUAUUGAGAGGAAAUGACAUUUUUCAAAGAUACAACAGAAGGAUCACAGACUUUGAUAUAGGCGCCAUCUGCCGCUACGUUCGCGAACUAAAACUUAGAGUGACCAAAAUCGACUUGUGCUAUAACAAAAUUACAGAUGUCGGCUUUUUUAAGCUGUUAAAAAAAGUACUCGUGAAAGGAAGAUCUAGUGUUUUGGAUCUUAAUAUUAUGAACAAUGAAUUGACUGACAAAUCUGUGUUACACUUAUCAAAAUACGCACAGUUUAUCAAGCUUAAAUAUUUGAGAUUGAACGGAAAUGAUAUUGGGACGAAAGGCGGUGAAUAUUUCGCGGAUUUCCUUGAAAACAAUACAAGCUUAGAACGAUGCGAUAUCGGCCAGUCGGGACAAACGUUGACUAGCGUUGCUUACAUAGUGACUGCGUUGAGAAUCGAUCAUGGCGCCAAUCGAUAUUUGAAAGUUCUCGACUUGAGUAGAGUAGUGCCGCUGUUCAAUCGAUACCAGUAUGAGACGAAGUGGCUAGCGUACCAUAUCGAAUACUUACUAGAAAGAAACGAUACGAUUAUAGAAUUGCAUCUUCAGAACAAUGAAUUUAUUGGUCACGAUAUUGAAUAUGUUUUGAGAGGGUUGAGAAAAAAUAAAACUUUACUGUACUUGGAUUUGGGUUACAAUAAAAUAAGGGAUUACGGAAUAGAAUUAAUCGCUGAAUACUUUAAAGAAAAACCUGAGUUAGUGCUGUUGAAUGUCGCAGGGAAUAACAUUGGAGACACCGGUGCACGAGCACUGAGCUUCGGGCUACCGUUCUCAAAAAUACGCGCCUUGGACAUUUCGAAAAACAAAUUAAACGCUAAAGGAGUUUUGUAUUUAUUGAAUACAAUAAAAAAACCAGUGUUUUUGAGGUUUCUUAAUUUAUUUGGAAAUAAUUUUGAUCAAACAACGUGUGAUGUUAUCAGCAGAAUGUUGUUGAGCGGGGUGCUCUUUCAGCACACGAUUGAUGUUAGAAUUUAUGAAUCAGGCGGGAGAUUACACGCAGCUUAUUACCCUAACCCAGCAGAUAGGAAUAAGCAUUUAUAUUACUGUGAAUUAGACUAUGGUUGCUACCAACCUAUUUGUAAAAUUGUUAGGAAAAAAAUUGAAGAGAAGAAAAGAGUAAAAGUCGAUUGUCAACAACGACAUAAGCUUGAUAAAACAAAUGCAUUUGAUUUCUAAUUAUUAUUAUUUUUCUGAGCACAUAUUGUAUUAUUGUAAUGUUAAGUUUGU